AUGAAACUCAUCACCAUAUUAAUUGUCCUAGCAUAUUGGAUCACCCAUAGCGUAUCGGAGAUUAAAUUUCUCAACAAUGCAACCGAACUAAUCGAUAGCUUCUUACUUGAAAAUUUCCAUACGUAUGCAGCUACCGGAGUUCAGUACAAUCUUUCGUAUGCUCCUUAUGAAGUAGUAUGCCCCAAUUAUCCAGUCAUACGAGCCGCCGACAACGUACGUUCUUUCUUAAAAUAAAAAAAAUAAAAAGACCAAAAGACAAGAGAUUUCGCUUGAUAAAAAACCCGAGACAUAAUGGAGAAAAUGGAGAGGACUAACUUGAACCUAGACGCUAUGCACCAAGGAAACGGAAUACAUCACCAAGAGAAACAUCAAGACCGAAGCCAACUUGAAAUCCAUCCUUUACAAAAACAAGAUCCCGCAAUUUGACGUUGAGCAAUUCUGGCUGCGAUACAAGCAGCGCAAAAGCACCAAGAUUGCCCUUGCAUUCAGUGGCGGCGGCUAUCGUUCCAUGCUCGCUGGCGCUGGGGUGCUUAUGGCAUUAGACGACCGAGAGUUGGACAAGCAGGCAUUCGUCAAUGGCAUUUUGCAGUCGUCUAGUUACAUUGCUGGUAUUAGUGGUGGUUCAUGGCUUGUUAUGUCGCAGUUUAUCAAUGAUUUUCCGCGCGUUAGCGCGAUGAUUAAUGGGCUGUUUGGUGCGAGUGGGUGUGGAUGGGAUGUGGCUGAGCUGUUGUUGGAGGGUAUGCCUGAUGUUGAUCCGAGAAAGGAAAGAGAGGCUAAUAUUGAAUUGGAAAAGGUUGAAGAUGGAAUGGGGGAAAAUGCUGGAGGUGGUCGUAAUAGUGGCGGCGGUGCUAAAGCAAAAGAUGGAAUUUGUCGGAAAGAGGGCUUCUUUGACAAAGUUUUCAACAUCUUGAGUCCCGGGAUGGGGAUGAUGACGAUGAUGACGACGACGACGACGACGACGAUGCAGAACAAGAGCAAAGUAUGUGUUGCCGCGGGCAACGACCCCGUCCGAGAUUGGUUCAUUGGGUUACUUGAUGAUGGUGACAUUAGCAAAAAAGCCAAUGGCUCUAGCUUAAGUUUAAAUGAGAGCUUGAUUUCAAAAUGCCUCAAAUUCUACAAAGAUCUCUUGGUUGAAGUUCGAGAUAAGAAAAAAGCCGGGUUCCAUACCAGUUUAACUGAUUAUUGGGGCAGGGCACUAGCGAGAAGGAUCUUUACCCCAGCUGCCAGGACUCCCGGGAUCACCAUGACGGCCGCUUCGAAAAAUCUUGCUUCCUUUUUGAACCAUGACCAGCCCUUGCCCAUAAUCGGCACGAUUGAAAGAGAUCCGAGUGCUCUUGAAAAAGGCCCCACUGCCGAGGACAGCAGCCUUUACAGCCACGUGAUGGAGUUUACCCCGUUCGAAUUUGGAUCGUGGGAUGGUUACUUGAAUGCGUUUGUGGAUUUGGAAUAUUUGGGGUCGCAUUUAGCCAACGGCCACCCCAUGGUGAAAAAGGGUAACCUCUCAUCGUGCGUUUCUGGGUUCGACAAUGUUGGUUUCCUAACAGGCACAUCGUCGUCUUUGUUCAAUCAUGUGUUCAGAUAUGUUUACGCUCUACUCGAUAAAUAUCAACUGGGGUCGAUGGUUGCCGUGGAAGAAAUACUAAAAGUGUUUGGGUUUAGCUCGGAAUGGAACGAUCUUCGCUUGCCUAAAUUGCACCCUGACUAUGCCUUGUAUUCGCCCAACCCCUUUUUCAACUACAGCAAUGGAGUCGCCGGCGACGACGGCAAAAGAGCCGACAUGUAUCUUGUUGAUGGUGGCGACGAUGGCCAGAAUAUCCCAUUUCAGCCUUUAUUGGCAAGUGCUAGGCAAAUCGACAUUAUCCUCGCAUACGAUAUGAGUGGUGAAUUCAAGAAUUAUCCAAACGGCACUGUGUUGCAAAAGGCAGCAAUGAGGUUUGGCCAGCGCGGGGUUGACUCUGGAUUACAGAUUCCCUGUUUCCGGCCACCACAUUCGAGAGGAAUGAAAAUGGGGGAGGAGCUAAGGUCGAUUUUUCCAAAAGUCCCUAGUCAGCUGGAAGUUAUGGAACAAGGCCUCAGCGUCAAACCCAUAUUCUUGGGUUGCGACGUAUUGGAGGACUUUGAUACCUUGAAAUUCGAAAAAACAGCUGCAAGUGCUGCUCCUCACGUGUAUCAAGAUGGGUAUUUACCUCCUUUGAUCAUGUACAUGGCCCAUUCGAAUUACUCCCAUCAAACCAACAUGUCGACUUUCAAAUUAAGCUAUAAUGAAACUGAGCUUAACCAAAUGGUGGAGAACGGGUUCCAAAUGGGCAGCUACUACAACUCAUCCUUGUUUGCAACUUGUUUGAACUGUAUGAUAUUGAAGCGUGAAUUUGACCGUGUACUGCACUAUCCUGCCAAAAUUGACCCACAACACCACCACCGCCAUCCUCGGUUCAAAGUGCCCAAGACCUGCCAAAUUUGCUACAAGACAUUUUGCUGGAGAAGCGAAAACUCUUUACGCAACUGA